AGGGAGUUUUCUGGUGGGUGGCGUAUGAGGUUGGCAUUGGCUCGUGCCCUUUUUGCAAGACCAGAUCUGCUACUACUUGAUGAGCCUACAAACAUGUUGGAUGUGAGAGCCAUUUUGUGGUUGGAGAACUACUUGCAGACCUGGCCCUCAACCAUCUUAGUUGUUUCCCACGACCGUAACUUCCUGAAUGCAGUGGCCACAGACAUUGUGCAUCUACAUAGCCAGCGGUUGGAGGGGUACCGAGGCAACUUUGAGAGUUUUCUAAAAACUAAGGAGGAGCGUUUGAAGAACCAGCAGAGAGAGUAUGAGGCACAACAUCAAUAUCGUGAACACAUACAGGUCUUUAUUGAUCGAUUUCGAUACAAUGCUAACCGGGCUUCUCAGGUGCAGAGUAAGCUGAAGCUGUUGGAGAAACUGCCAGAACUCAAACCUGUAGAAAAGGAUACUGAAGUGAUAUUAAGGUUUCCUGAUGGCUUUGAAAAAUUUUCUCCUCCAAUUCUACAGUUGGAUGAGGUUGAUUUCUGGUAUUCUUCAGAUCAACCAAUCUUUAAGAAACUUUCAGUAUCUGCAGACCUGGAUUCACGAAUCUGUGUGGUAGGAGAGAAUGGAGCAGGAAAAUCCACAAUGCUAAAGCUAUUGAUGGGUGAGCUGUCUCCUGUGCUGGGGAUUCGACAUGCACACAGGAAUUUGAAGAUUGGUUACUUCAGUCAGCAUCAUGUGGAUCAGCUGGAUCUUAACAUUAGUGCAGUGGAGCUUCUAGCAAAACGGUUUCCAGGUAAAACAGAAGAGGAAUACCGCCACCAGCUUGGAAGCUAUGGGAUCUCCGGUGAACUUGCAGUACGGCCAGUGGCCAGUCUGUCUGGAGGCCAAAAAAGUCGUGUUGCCUUUGCCCAAAUGACCAUGCCUUGCCCAAACUUUUACAUUCUUGAUGAGCCAACGAAUCACCUGGAUAUGGAGACUAUAGAAGCUUUGGGUCGAGCGCUGAACAAAUUCCGGGGAGGAGUAAUCCUGGUAUCCCACGAUGAACGCUUCAUCCGUUUAGUUUGUCAAGAGCUGUGGGUCUGUGAAAAUGGAGGUGUAACUCGAAUUGAGGGUGGUUUUGAUGAGUACCGGGACAUCUUGCAGGAACAAUUCCAAAAAGAGGGCUAUCUAUAA